AAGAGACAGCCCCGGCAUCUGAACCUCUCGUGGACUAACAUAAAUCGUCGCCAACUGUUUUGGUUGAUCUGUCGACUGCCACAACUUCAGACGCUAUCACUGGCCGGUUGUUCCGCGUCCACAGUGUCGGCGCUCAUCACAUGCAACUGUCCUCAGUUGGCUUCGCUGGACAUCUCGUGGUCUCACGGCUUGGAUGACGAUCUGAUCAGAGAUUUGCUGUCCCCUCCGAGUGACACCCGACCCGGACUUAUGGAGUCUAAGAGUCGACUCAGAUUCUUGAUUGAGAUGAAUGUUUCCGGAUUGAAUAUAUCAGACAAAUCGAUUCGUCUAAUCACACAACACUUGCCAUUUAUAACGCGAGUGGACUUUUCCAGCUGUAAACUAAUCACUGAUUUG